AUGAUAAUAUUACUUGCACACUUUGUUCACAUAAUUUUUUAACUUGUAUAACCUCUAGUCCUAAUUGCGUUUUUUAUAUUGAAGGAUAUUAUGGUAGAUCAAAUUGCUCAAUUUAAAGUAGUAAUUAAUGCUUUUAUUGUUCAAAAAAGGUACUUGCUAAAAAUGUUGACCAGGAUUUUAUUUGGAUAAUUCAAAUAAUUGUUACCCAUGUAGUAAUUGUUUUUAUUACUUUUCUAAUAAUAGUUCUACAUAUGUAAACAUUGUUAGGAAGGAUAUUUCUUAAAUAAUAAUUCUUACAGUUAAUGUGUAGAUCCUAUAAUGA